UAUUUUAUAUAAAUGCGGCCAGCUUAAAGCGUCACGUUACAUUUCAAAUGACAUUCUUUGCAUAUGCAAGAGAAAUGUUCUCUUUCCCCAUUGAUGCGCAUUUGUGAAUUUAUUCGUUCAGUGGACUCUUCCUACCUCCAGGGCUUCGGACCCCUGCAUCGCUAUCUUAUCCUGCCUGCCCUGUCGUACUAUGCCCCACCCUACCCCACUCCAUCACUCUACUCUAUUCCAUUCCAUUCCAACCCACCUCGCCUUUCCUCGCACUCUCAGCGCCCUCACGUCCGGCUUCCCCUUUACUCUUCUCCUCUAUGUUUCGUCCUAGCUAGCUCACCGAGCAGCGAUGCAUCUUCCAUUCGAUGAGUGGACUAAGAUUUUUUUCCUAUAAUCAUAUCUUCAAUUUGCUGGUAGAGAUUACGUUUCUAGUUUCUAGUUUAGUACUUUUUACCUAUUCGUCUUGUUCGUCGGCAAAAGGCAGCCUUUCGCAGAGAUAAAAGAGACGCUGAAAGAAAGACUAAAAACAUGGGAUGCAAUGCGGGCCGAUGCCUCGGUCCAGACGAUACGGGGUACCCUGGAUCAGGAUUCAUGGCAGCCAUUAGGAAGAAGUUAGUUAUCGUGGGGGAUGGUGCUUGUGGUAAAACAUGUUUACUCAUAGUCUUCAGCAAAGAUCAAUUCCCUGAAGUAUAUGUACCUACUGUCUUUGAGAAUUAUGUUGCUGAUAUCGAAGUGGAUGGUAAGCAGGUUGAAUUGGCUCUUUGGGACACAGCUGGGCAAGAAGAUUAUGAUAGAUUACGUCCAUUAUCAUACCCUGACACAGAUGUUAUCCUGAUGUGUUUCUCCAUUGAUAGUCCUGAUUCCCUGGAAAACAUUCCUGAGAAAUGGACACCAGAGGUGAAACAUUUCUGUCCAAAUGUACCCAUUAUUCUUGUGGGGAAUAAAAAAGACUUGCGCAAUGAUCCUAAUACUAUCAAAGAGCUUGGAAAAAUGAAGCAAGAACCAGUAAAACCAGAAGAGGGUAGAUCCAUGGCUGAAAAAAUCAAUGCCUUCGCAUACCUUGAAUGCUCUGCCAAGAGCAAGGAAGGAGUCAGGGAAGUCUUUGAGACAGCAACCCGAGCUGCACUUCAAGUUAAGAAGAAGAAGAAGGGAAGAUGUAGGCUUCUUUAAAAUGUAAUGUCAGAUGGGCCCAAAAAGUGGGUGAAAUUAUGGAAUUGCAAAGCUAGCUGCAAUAGAGCUAGUUGUAAUACUGGAGGCCCCCAGUGAAGACCAUAAUAUAAUAACAUCUUUUAUCUUUAAUUCUUUUACAUAAUAAUCAAAUCUACAAACAUGUUCACAUCAAAGCCACUGAUUAACAAAUCUUUCAUGAUACAGGACUUCUUUAACUAUAAUGAAAUAUGCUUCAAGUUUGAGCAAGUGAAAAUUGUCAUGUCAACUAUUUACAUUCAAAAAAAAACAUAACUGUUUCAUUGUAGUGGCCAUUACUGUUAAUAUUAGUAUCAUAUUACUAUAUAUGUAUACAUUCUACUUUUUUUUAUACGUAUUUGCUCUUCAUGUCAGUGAGAAAUGAAACGAAAGAAAUUGGGGGAAUUAAUAAGAAAUAUUAAAAAUAAUAAACAAAAAAAAACAAAAAACCAAAAAAAAAAUACGGAAGGAACCUACAUAAUAUACAAUGCAAAGUUGUAAAACUUUUAGAGCACUGUAAGAAUCUAAGAGAAAGCGUUACAGAUUCCAAAUGUUGCGUCGCUAUUUGAUCGAACCAUCAAUCAAUAUUUCUUAAAAAAAAAAUAAAAAAAAUAAAAAAAAUAAAAAAAAAAUAAAAAAAGAAAGAAAAAAAAGAAAAAAGGAAAGAAAAAGCCAACAAACAUAAACAUACGUAAGUAGGCGAGCAGAUCACUUUCGUCUUUAAGAUACCAGGUAGACUAAAUGUAUUAUUAUUAUAAUAUUAUUGCUAUAUUAGUAUAAUACGACACUAACAUAACGGAUUGUAACAGCGACUAUAUUAUAUUUAUGUAUUUCGAAAACAUCCUUUGUGUUUAAUCACGAUCAUGAACAAUGCUUCAGAGAUCACACUGUAUCUAUAUGUUAAUAUGAAUCAUUCAUGCAAAAUACACUAACAGAUUUAUAAGGAUCGUA